AUGAAUGGCACCCCAGCCGACGUCGUGCUCUCGCUGGCGGAACCGACGUGCAACGCACUCCUCCGCAUCUCGCUCGACACCGCCGUCAAGCCCUUCCACAUCGUUCUCACAGCCCUCGCCAUCCUCCUCCGCAAGUUUACCGGCGAUGAUGACAUUGUUCUCGGCUCCUCGCACGACACCAAUCCGCUUGUCCUCCGCCUCGACCUCGCCCCCGACAACGCCCCGCUCACCGUCGCCCAGCUCCUGACCCGGAUCAAGGACGCCGACGACACUGCUCGUGCCCACCCGAUUCCGUUUGACGAGCUCGUUGAUGCCCUCCGCCAUCGUGAUGACUCGCUCGACUCGCUCUUCUCCAUCCGCUUCUUCAACGCUUGCGAGGUGUCCGAGCAGACAGAGGCCGCCGCUCGCGCAGAGUGGACCAUCUACAUCGAGCACGAGCCCGACACCCGCCGCCUCCUCCCGCUCCGCCUCCGCAUCCGCUACGACUCCCUCCUCUACACCCGCGCUCGCAUGGUCAACGCCCUUCACCAGAUCGACGCCAUCAUCACCGCCAUGGCCGCAAACCUCGACGGCGACCUCGUCGACAUUUCGCCGCUCACUCUGCGCGCCCGCGCCGUGCUCCCGGACCCGACCCGCCCGCUCUCGGACACCUUUGUCGGCCCCAUCGUCGACUUUCUCGCCCGCCAUGCUGCCGCCACCCCCGACCGCCCACUCCUUGUCGAGUACCCGGUUGUGAACGACGACACCGCCGCUGGCGCUCUCGAUCCCGUCACCUACACCUACGCCGCCAUCGACGCCGCCGCCAACCGCGUCGCCUCCGCCCUCGUCGCCGCCGGCAUCGUCUACGGUGACGUUGUUGCCCUCUACGCCCACCGCUCCUCCGCGCUUGUCACCGCCAUCUUUGGUAUCCUCAAGGCCGGCGCCAUUUUCACCGUCAUCGACCCGUCGUACCCUACAGCCCGCCAGCGCCUCUAUCUCGAGGUUGCCCAGCCGCGCGCCAUCAUCACCCUCUCCCGCGCAGGCCCGCUCGCGCCAGACGUCGUCGACUUUAUCGACAACGAGCUUGCGCUAAAGCUCAUCAUCAACGCCCUCACCCCGCUCGCGGACAUCCCGCAGCUCGCCGAUGCGGAUACGGAUUCCCCGUCUGUCGCCAUCCACGCAGACACCUUUGCCACCCUCUCGUUCACCUCGGGCUCGACCGGCAUCCCCAAGGGCGUCCUCGGCCGCCAUGUCUCGCUCACACACUUUACCCCGUGGAUGGCCGAGACCUUUGGCCUCUCGGCCUCGGAUCGCUUCACCAUGCUCUCCGGCAUCGCCCACGACCCCAUCCAGCGCGACGUCUUCACCCCGGUCGUCCUCGGUGCCUCCAUUCACAUUCCGGACUCGGCGCACAUCCUCACCCCGGGCGCCCUCGCCCAGUGGCUGGCCGACUCGGCCUCGACCGUCACCCAUCUCACCCCGGCCAUGGGCCAACUCGUCACUGCCAACGCCGUCCUCGGGCCCGGCGUCCAUCUCGCCCUCUCCACAGCUUUUUUCGUCGGCGAUGUACUCACCCAGCGUGACGUUCUCCGCCUCCAGGCCCUCUGCUCCGAGCACUUUGUCACCGUCAACAUGUACGGAACGACCGAGACCCAGCGCGCCGUCUCUUACCUUGCCAUCGACGCCUGCCCCAACAACAUGGCCCUCCGCAAGCACGUCCUUGGCGCAGGCAAGGGCAUGUGCGACGUCGAUCUCCUCGUCCUCGUCCAGGACUCGGCAGCCACAUGGCGCCUCGCCGCUAUCGGCGAGCUUGGUGAGCUCUUUGUCCGCUCGCCACACCUUGCCUACGGCUACCUUGGCCGUGACGACGAGACAGCCAAGAAGUUCCUAGCCAACCCGUUUGUCGACCAGCUCGCCCUCGCUCGUCAACCCGGCGACGUCGCCCCGCUCCUUCGCGAUCGCAUGUACCGCACCGGGGAUCUCGGCCGCUUUGCCGCCGACGGCUCGGUCGAGUGCGUCGGCCGCGCAGACGACCAGGUCAAGAUCCGUGGCUUCCGCAUCGAGCUCAAGGAGAUCGACGCCGUCCUCGCCUCCCACGACUGCGUCCGCGAGUGCAUCACCCUUGUCCAGCGCGACUCGGCCGAGGAAAAGGUGCUCGUCGCCUACUUUGUCCCGCAAGUCCCCGACGUCUACGACAUCGCAGACAUCCGCGUCCUCCUGCGCUCCAAACUCCCGUCGUACUCGGUGCCCUCUGUCUUUAUGCCGCUCCAGUCCUUUCCGCUCACCCCCAACGGCAAGCUUCAUCGCGCCAUGCUCCCGGCCCCAGACCUCACCUUUGCUCUCGAUACCCGCGCCCAUCACCUCUCCGCCCGCGAGUCGCUCGUUGUCUCGCUCUUUUCUGACGUCCUUGCUCGUCCCGUCGGGCCCGAAACCGACUUUUGGGACGCCGGCGGCCACUCGCUCUCCGCCACAGAGCUCACCUUCCGCCUCCGCCGCGAGCUUCGCACAGACAUCCCGCUCAACGCCCUGUAUCAGCAUCCCACUCCGCGCGCCCUCGCCGCCGCCGUCGAGGCCCACAUGGACGCAUCGGCUGUCCUCCUCCCGCAGGAUCAGGCUGCCGCAUCGCCCGAUGCCGCCAGCUCUCGCGCCGCCGACCUCGCAUCCCAGCCACCGCCCGAGCUCGAGCUCGAGGUAGAGGCUGCGCUCGAUCCGACGCUCGAUGCCACCGGUCGCGCCUGGCAUGCUCCGUCGGCUGACGACGUGGCACAUGUCCUCCUCACUGGCGCCACAGGCUUUGUCGGCGCCUACCUCCUCGCUGCGCUCCUUGUUCGGCGGCCCAACGCCACCAUCCACUGCCUUGUUCGCGGCUCGUCGGUCGCCGAUGCCACCUCCCGACUCCACGCCCGCCUCGCCGCUGUCGGCCUCGGCGCCAUCGCUGCCGACCCGGCCACCGCCGCCCGCGUCGACGUCAUCCUCGGUGACCUCACCGCGCCCUGGCUCGGCAUUGCGCCCGAGCUCCGCGCCACCCUCACAACGGAGCUCGAUGAGAUCUAUCACUGUGGCGCUCUUGUCCACUGGGUCUACCCCUACGAGCAGCUCCGCGCCGCCAACGUUGCCUCGGUCCAAGAGUGCCUCCGCUUUGCCGUCACCGGCCCGCGCGUCAUUACCCUCCACUUUGUCUCGUCGACCUCGGUCUUCGACUCGGGCCCAUACGCCCAGCGAACCGCGUCGGUCGCCGAAGACGAUCCGCUUGAGCACUUUGAUCAGCUCUCGGUCGGCUACGGCCAGUCCAAGUUUGUGGCUGAGACCAUGCUCCGCACCGCCGCCACCCGCAACAUCCCAGUCCUAAUCCAUCGCCCGGCUUACGUCCUCGGCGACUCGACCGCCGGCGCCACCAAUGUCGACGACUACCUCAUUCGCAUGGUCAAAGGCUGCGUCGAACUCGGCGCCGCGCCCAUCAUGAAGAACCGAGUCUACGUCGCGCCCGUCGAUUUUGUGGCAGAGGCCAUGGUCCGCGUCGCAGAAGCCGGGCCGGACGCUCGAGGUCACGCCUACCACUUUCUCUCACCCGACGUCUUUCGCAUGGAGUCGAUGUUCGACGCCCUUGCAGCUCUGGGCUACCCGCUCGAGCGCCUCGACUACGUCGAGUGGCGCGAUCGCCUCGAGGCCCGCGUCGUCGACGGUGGUCACUCGGAGUCGUCGACCGCCCUCUACCCGCUGCUGCACUUUGUCCUCGACGACCUGCCCACAAAGUCGAUGAGUCCCGACCUGUGCAUGGACAACGUGCCAGCCAUGCUCGGCGACUCGUUUACCUGCACGCCCAUGUCGCGCUGCUUCUACCGCUACAUCGCCUUCCUCGUCACCGUCGGCUACCUCGACCCGCCGCCAAACGCUGACACCGCCAGGGUCGCGCUUCCGGUUGUCGACGUCGCCGCAGGCGCUAACGUCUUGCAGAUGCGCACCUCGUCAGUCGCCGCCGCUUCGUCGGCCCCAUCCUCGUAGACAAAUGAACCUCGAGCUACAGCC